AUGAAUGAUAUCACUGAACUUUCUGUGGCGUAUAAAUAUUGCACAUUUAGUCUACAGGUUGUCUAUAUGUCUCGGAGACGAGAACAUGCCGUCGACUGUGAGAUGGGCAAGCGCGGUGUAUGGCUAGUGAAGGUUCCACGUUAUUUGUCUGAUCUUUGGGAAGCAAAUGCAGGGACCGACGUUGGUCGAUUAGUGAUCCAACAAAGUGCGAAUGGAAAAGGAGAUGUAGGUGUUGGAGGAGUGAAGCUGAAAUCUCGUCCCGGUCUUGUUUUGCCCCAAUCCGUAUCAUCGGCUGUAAAAGGUAGACCACCAUUUCAUGUUUGGUACUGUUCAUCCUAUGUUGCAUUAGUGCUACCAAAUGGUCCUGCCCAGAUACCUGAUGAACAUUCUUUUAUUCUCGGUGAUGUCCUGAAUCAAACAAUGGCUGUGCUUGCCGAAGACAAAUCUGGUUUAAAUGAGGAUAUAGAAAUCAGAUCCGGGCGACUUUCUAUAGAAGGAAGAGUGGUCAAGAGGGCAGAGUGUCGUCCACCGGCCUCAAGUAGUUAUUUAAAAAUGAAGAUUGCUCAGAUUUCUAAAAGUGGCCAACCGAAGAAGCAAGUUCUGCAGAUGGAAAAGGCUGCCGUGAAGUUCAAACCUAUUGCUGCUCAUGCAGAAGAUAUGAUGAGGAUGAAACAGAAGAAAGAAGGUGCAAAGGCUGUGCGGGCUGAUCGAGACGUCCUCAUGCAAGCAUUGUUUCAUGCUUUCGAGAAGCAUCAAUACUACAGGUUGCAAGAUUUGCAACAGUUGACGCAGCAACCUGCUGGAUAUGUGAAGGAGCUUUUGACUGAAAUUGCUGUAUACAAUACUGCACCACCACACAAGAGUAUGUGGGAGUUGAAGCCAGAGUAUCGAAACUAUGCUUGUGAGGCUAAAGCAGAGGAUUUUGUUGCCCCUAAGUCCAUGUUAAAUGUCCUUAAGUCUCGUAUUUUAGAGAAUUAUUUAAAGUAUGACUUAAGGGCGUUAUGUUUUAAACCACGCAACGCCCUCAUGCAUGAUAUAUUUGCGCGCUGGACACAUUCCGCAUCUGACAUGGGACGUUGCUCAGAAGUGGCUGAAACUGGAACAGGCUCCAAUUUACCAACUAACGAUGCCGUCAUUGUGAGUUUCGUUGGCAGCAAAAUUGAAUCGUCUGAAAUUAUCAAGAAAUUUGCGAAAGGAGCAGCGGCAUUUUGUGGAAUAACAGAGGGAAAUGCCGUCCAUCUCCAGAUUUAUGACCCACUUGGUGAAAUGAGGUCGGGGUUCAACGACACUAAAUCGAUCGCUGUUUUCACGAAAGGAGGCAAGAGAAUGAUUGAUUUACAUGAUUUCGCUCAUGGUAACGAUGUCGAUCGGGAAGAGUUGAAAAAACUAGUUGAGGAAACUUUUUUUCAAAUUUUACGUAGUUUAUUUCUCGUAUCCAUAACAUGUCAAUCAUUUCAUGAUCCGCUACCUUCCCACCGUCUUCGAUUUGUGGCUGGUCCAUUUGAUCCAGCAAUGGUGCUCGCAAAGGCUCUACGGUUAGCAGAUGAUUACACACGCUCAUCAUCUUUUGAUUUACUGGAUUUCAAUGAUGACAGGUUUGCUGAUGAUCACGAGAAGCUGUUCGACUCUUGUAGCUGUUAUACAUGCCAAAACUAUACACGUAUGUAUCUUCGACAUUUGACUAACACGAAGGAGCUUUUGGGUCCUAUGUUGCUUGUUAUUCACAAUCUUACUGAAUACCAGACUAUGUUCCGUUUGAUACGAAAGUCCAUAGAUGGCGCGGAUAGGACCUAA